AUGCUACCAGCACCUUUUCGACAGCCUGUCGCCAAUCACAACCUGUCAGAUGCUGGCCAACCUCAGACGCCGGAUGGUUCGACAGUAUCCAACGCGGCACGGCAGCAAAAGCGCAAGCAAGAUCAAAAAACCUCGAAAAUGAUCUCUUCCAUGAGGAAGGAUCUAUGUCAGACAGCGACUAAAAAGGGUUAUCUCUAUGCAGUCCAGAUCCGAGGGAAUGGACUUGUGAAAGUGGGAACCUCUGGGGUCGACGAGGAGGCGCGACCUACAACGAGUAUAGCGUGUUGUAAAUUCAAACCUGGAAAAGUAUUCCAAACAACAAAUUUCUACGGUGCUUUCAAGGCUGAGAAACUAGUCCACAACCUACUUUCUCAAUGGAAUGAGACUGUGGAAUGCUCGACCACAGUCACAAAGCACGAGGAAUACUUUAGCUGUGGACUUGGAUUCGCCAUAUCAGCAAUCGAUCUCGUCACCACGUGGUUUCUCAAGGAGCCUUAUUUGAUCGAAGGCCAGCAAGGCUCACUGAAAGACGAGUGGAGAGAUGCCUUGGACGCUUUCAAGGAGAGUCAAAGGUCUGAAGAACCCAUGGAAUGGUUUGAGUUUUUCCUGGUUGACCUCGAGACGCAAGUCGCCUGGCAAAGGCGUCCUCCAGCCUUGAAUUGUCCGGGGUAUUUGACUUCCACGCCGGUACAACUUCUCUCCACCGGCACCUUGCACUUUGGGAGGAAGGCAAAACCUGGACCAGUAGGAUCAACCAAGAGCAGUCCUGCGGUCGCCCAGACUUCUUCCGCGGCCCGUAAAGUACGCCAAACGGACCGAUCAGGACUGACAAUGCCGAGCCGCGCAGAAUCAGCACCACCGAAGGCGUCUUCAGAUUGGGAUGAAAAUUCAUCCCAUCCGGAAACGCCCUCAAAGCCACCAAAAAACAGCAGGCGCCGCUCAGGCAUGGCUUCGAAGACCGAACCUUCUGCUGGACCCAGAAGCCAAGAGGGGCAGGAAGACAGGAGCCAGAAGGAUGGCAAAAAGGUGAACGGCGAUAAAAACAAAAAUAAAGAAGAUGUGCAAAUAUCGGUUACGGAGGACAAGGGGAACCGCAUGCCAGUGACGGGGGUCGAUGAUACCGGACUGGCUGCGGCAACAAGCAAAUUGACCCUAGCAGAGGACGAAAAGACCUGGGGCUCGUCCAUUGCGAACCUCUUCGGCAGGCUUCGAAUUCAAUGA